AGGUUUUGCACUCACCCUGGCUAUGCCCUGCCUCAGCCUACUUCCUGAACAUCCUGCCUACACUACCCCUGUAGCCAAACUGGGAUCGAUGAUCGUGCUUGCCCAGCGAGGGAUACAGAAAUGCUGCAGAGCUGCUUCACCGACACUGUGUCCUGCAGCCUCUGGCUAGUUGCUUGCUCUGCUCUGGGUGCCCCUCCUCCCCGGACCCUGGAGUCCCUGAAAAUGGGGUGGGUGGGGCUUGAGAAGGCUGGCUGUUGCACUCUGCUGAAACUGUGAGUUUGUUAAUAAUUAAUCCUCUUGGACACUGUGGCCUCAGCCCUAGUGGAGAAGGAGGCAGGAAUCUCCCCGCUCCUUACCUGCUUUCCCAGAAGGGGCUGUCACAGCAGAAACUGGGGGUCUUGGGCAAUGACAGACUUGUGUUUGGGGGUGUGCUCUAGGAUGUGAGCCCCUGAGGAGAUGAGGCCACGAAGGAGAGACUUCUCUAGUUAGGACAGGAAAGAUCCUAUAUGCAACUGCACAUUUCCGGAGCUGUGGGCCAGUGUUCCAUAAAGGGAUCUCAGGUUGGUCUACUCCCUUGGUGAGAGGCCAGCACAGAGCGAAAGCCUUCUUUUCUCUGUGGAGCCACCCUCCUUCCUGAGCUGUCUGUGCUGACAGGCACACAUCUGGCUGCAGGAACCGACACCUGACACCCAAGGUUACCGGGGUAAUAGUGAGGAUGCCAUGGAAAUCUUCAGGAGGAAAGAGGUGUGGAGGGAGAGCCAAUCAGAAGAGCUCAGUCUCUUCCUCUUUGGAGGGGGUGACCUGAGGUCCAGAGGGGUGCAUAGGCACUCCUAAGCUGAUCUGCACUGGGCUAUAGGCGUCGGUGCUAUUGAUCCAGAGGGAGGAUACUGAGGCUCAAGGAGUCAGUCAGUGCCUUGCUGAAAGGUCAUACCAUUCAGAAGCGGCUGUGUUCGCUGCAAAUCAGAGUUUGGGUUUUUGUUUUUGUUUUUUGUUUUGUCUUGUUUUUUGGUCCCCAUCUCGGGACCCCAGCGCCCCCCCCAACCCCCCCUUCCGGAACUCCUCCUGCCCAAACUGGAGAAGAAAUGGCUUCCUUGAUAUCUCUUUUGUUUCCUGGGUUCUGUGCCGAAUUCUCAUUCGAGAUAAAUCUGUCACUCACAGUACCUCUCUCUGAGCUCUAAGGAAGAGUAAACAAACCUGUGUGGGAGAGCAGUGAUUCACUCAGAAUGGCCCACAAAUAGUGGGACUCUAGGCCCUAUCUGUGGCUUGUGACAAGCUUCUUGCUUUGGUUCUACUCCAUGAGAGAUGAUAGAGAGGGCAUGGCAGAAUGGAGCAGAAGCUCCCCCAAAGGUUACCAGAUUGGAGACCUCUGGAAUCAUCAGGUGAGAGCUCUCUCCAGGGCAGAGGUUAGGCCCACAGUUAGAGCCUUUCUGUGAUACUCCCUGUCUGCCUCAGUUUUACUGGGUGUGGAAUAUGAGUGUCAAGGCAAACUGGGUAUAAAACAUGGGAAACAUUGAUCACUGAAAGGGCGAGGUGGCAUAUAUAUUGAUCUAAAGGGACCCAAGUUGUCCAUUAGCAUAACCAGAUCACUGCCAAGAGUUAGGCACUGAGCUAAGGACUCUGCACGACUCUCACUUUUGUCGUCCCAGAGAGACAGAGAGAGAUAGCCUCACCUUUACGUGUUAGGACAGAAACAGUUUCUUGCCAGAGAUCACACAGUUUCAGAACUCAGAAGCAGGAUUGUAUUAAGGGCAUCCUGAGUCUGGAAAUGGACAGUGGGUGUGUGGUGUCUUCAAUACCUCCAUAAACUUUUCUACCAUGCUAUGUGUUCACACAAUCAAGUACAUCUUUAGACUGUGACUGGUAUAAAGUAUUGAUAUUUACCCUCCACGUUAAGUCCUGGAGAUGUGUGUGUGUGUGUGUGUGUGUGUGUGUGUGUGUGUGUGUGUGUGUAAUGGAGUGGUUUGGUUUCUUGUUGACAUCUGUGAUGUGCCACUUCCCACUAGAGCUGCUUUGGGUACUCGGAUCUGCUACCAGGAAGGCUAGGAGUUUUGCAUGAGCAGGGUAGUGUCUCAGAGAGAGCUGUGAAUGUGCUUCAAGGUCUAGCUUUGCCACAGUGGCUGGGCCCAUUUCUCCACCUGUUACUUAGAGCUACCAUGCAAUACUGAGAGAUUCUGUUGGGUGCCGAGUGCUCCUGUGUGCGUGUGUGUGGGUGUGUGUGUGUGUGUGUGUGUGUGUGGGUGUGUGGGUGUGGGUGUGUGGGUGUGUGGGUGUGGGUGUGGGUGUGUGUGUGCUGCAAUUGUGUGAUUGCCCUUUGAAAUAUUAGAUUGCUAGGCACUGUGGCACAUGCUCAUAUUUCUAGCAUUUGGGAAACUGAGCAGGAAGAUCACCAGUUUGAAGUCAGUCAGGAGCACAGUGAACUAACUGGUUUACACAAGGAGCAUGGGCGCGCGCGCACGCACGCACACACACACACGAAGAACGGAAAAGAAGGAGGAAGGACACCUGAGAGAAUAGAAGAGAGGAGACAUUGUAACAUUAAAAACUGCCUUCUAAUGGGGUUGGGGAUUUAGCUCAGUGGUAGAGCGCUUGCCUAGCAAGUGCAAGGCCCUGGGUUUGGUCCCCAGCUCCGAAAAAAAAAGAAAAAAAAAAAAAAAAAAAAAGAACUGCCUUCUAAGUCAUGAGAGCCAAGCCUAGAACCAUUGGCAUCACAGCUCCAGUCAUAGGAGUGGAAGGGUGACAAGAUGUCAGGACUGUGAGCUUGGAGAUGUCCUGUGAGCCAACUAGUUAGGGUCCAGAUAAAAUGCCCUGCUAGACGACACUCCCCAUCUCUGCUCUAGGACCCUACUCCAGAGAGCCUCAAAGUGAAAAAGUGUCUGGACCCUUGUGAGUCACUCCCAGAGGGAGGUCCAUGGUGUGCCCCUCACUUCCCAGCUCUGUUCUGCCAUUGGCUAUACCUUUCCAUUUCAGACACUAAGGUUUGGAAAGAGCAGUGUGCCGGACUCAGAAACAUGAGGUGUGCCCCGAGUGUGUUUGCGCAUGCGCGCCUGCUGGUCAGAAGGCAGCUUCCACGAUUGGCUUUCUUUCCACCAUGUGGGUUCUGAAAAUCAAACUUGAGUUAUCAAGUUUGGUGCAAACACCUUUACCUGCUGAGAUGUCUUGCUGGCCCAUUAUUUAUAAAGUUUUACUAUUUCCCAAAGUAAUACAGAAUAUAUAUAUAUAUAUAUAUAUAUAUAUAUAUAUGUAUAUAUUCACAUUGUAUGUAAGGAAUCAAAUUGUGUCAUUGAUGGUAAGUGACCCCAUUCUCUGGGGUACACUUUCCAUUUGGUGCCAUCUCAGGCCCUUUAAUCUAAGUACAGAGGUACAGUUUUGCUCUUAUGAAUACAUUCAUUCUUUACAGUGUGUAACAAGGCAGCUCUUUUAACAUCUGGUCCUCAGUUUCCUUGUCUGUGAAAUGAACAUAAAAGGUCUAUUCUAGUUCGCUUUCUGCCUAGGGAUGGUGCUGCCUGCAGUGGACUGAGCCCUCUUCCAUGGUAAAAACCCUCACAGAUAUUUGGUUAUCAGUUCGAGAUGCAGCAUUGGCUUCCCUGCACUAUAGCCUCUGUGUGUUGACCCUGAGGAAUUUGCCUCAAAGAUACUGGUCUCUUCUUAAUCACACCAGAUUCCUCAGCCCUGGUUAACAAGCAUCAAUUGUCUCAGUAAUGCAAAGCUUUCACAGAUUCUUUUUUUUUUUUAACCUUUAAAAAAAAGAUUUAUUUAUUUUAUGUAUGUGAGUCCACUGUAGCUGUCUUCAGACACACCAGAAGAGGGUGCCAGAUCCCAUUACAGAUGGUUGUGAGCCCAUUACAUGUGGUUGCUGGGAAUUGAACUCAGGACCUCUGGAAGAGCAGUCAGUGCUUUUAACCACUGAGACAUCUCUCCAGCCCCUUUCCAAGGAUUCUUAAUCUAAAAUAUCACACAGACAGCCCUGAGGGAACCUCCUUGACCAGAUCUCCACUGUCUGUACUUCUCUCAGCAUUAUCUUAUGUUCUAACUUCCCACAGGUCAGCUGGACCAUCAACUCUGAGCAUUCAAAGUUCCAAAUACACACUUCUCAAAAACAAAACACAAACACAAAAACAAAACAUCAAAGAAACCAACAAGGCCUGCAGUCAGGUCUGUCAUGCCCAUACCCCUGCUUUCUGGUACCCAUUUCUGUUCUAGUUAGGUCUCUGUUGCUUGUGAUAAACACCAUGGCCAAAAAAAGCAUCAUGUGAGAAAGAGAACUUAUUUUAGCUUACAAGGUUACAGUUCCUCAUUGGGAAUGCCAGGACAGGGAAUGCUCAAGGCAGGGGUUUAAAGCAGAAAAUACUGUUUAGUGACUUACUCCCUGGAUCCGUGCUAAGCGACCUUUCCAGGCCUGCUCACCCGGAGAUGGUGUUCCCCUUGCCACCCAGACACUCCUACAUCAAUUGGCAAUCAAGAAAAUGCCCUCCUAGACAUGGCCAUAGAUCAAUCAGGUGGAGGCAUAGGUCACAUUCUUGCUGUCUGAUUCACACCUUAAAGCUGCCUUCAAACUAGGCCAGCCCAGAAGGCAGAAAAGCCGCCAUACACAUUAGAAAAAAGUAAAAUGGCCUCCCAGUCAGGGUGGUCCUCAAAAAGAGCCGACAUACCUGUAUGUACUCUUUAGGGAUUGCUUAUUGGGAGAAAGAGCUUCAAAACUGGGCCUUCGAGUGGGAGAGCAUUGGAGGAACAGAAUAACAUACCACCAACAGCAAACAGACCCUUAAAGGGAAAGAGGACGUGGGGAGGAACUUUAUUACGAUGCACAGCUUAGUAAGGGUAGGACUGAGAGGGACAGCCUCUGUAGGCAGACCGGUGGUGGUGGGUGAGCUUGACCGUCCGGGAUUUUACACUAUUAUUAAAUGUAAUUUCCUGUGUCUUUAGAGCCUUCUGCUUGAGCCAUUAUGAGAGUGUGGGCAUCUAAGGAAGAAUGGACUCAAAGUCUCUCUGAUAAGGGACAAAGUUAACAGGAAACUGCGCUAAACCUAAGAUUGCUGUGCUGGCUAAGCUUGAGCUUCAGGAGACUAGGUACUUUCUCCCUCCAAGGCCCCAGGACAGCAUCUCUAGCCAGCCGGAAACCUGAAAAAUGGGUCCACGCUGUGCAUGUGACCCUGUUAUUUGCUCAGGCAGGCUGCCCAGCAUGGCAUGAACUCUUUGAUGAAAGACUUCAUAUUCAGAGACGCCAUGCUUCCUCUGCACGCCUGGGUCUGAUAGCUGUUACCCUGGAGGUCCUAUAUUGGCCAAUUAACAUCUCUGUCUGGCAGGUCUUAGUAUCUUUAGGUCUGAGCUACAGGCAGGUGUGUGUUUGACCUGGAACUUUGUUGCUCCACACUCUGCCUCUGUGGACCUUAGUUUCUUUUUUAUGAUGGGCCUGAGAGGGGUAGUUGACCCACAGAGCAGCCAGAAAGUUUGAAUAGGCUGCCCACACAGGAGUAUCAGUUCACCUCUUUCCAGUUUCCCUCUUUGCCUUCAAGCUUGCAGUGCCUGUGCCCUUGGCCCAAGGACACCUAGAACUUUGCUGAGCCCUUGGGUAAAUGAACGACCCAGCUGUUAGGGUCUAAAGAAGGGUGGGGAUCGCCCAGGGCUGUCCAGCCAGAGGACAGCAAGAAGACCAUGGCACCUGGGCAUUCCAUUCAUUAUCCCCAGGGAGGGUGCUCAUAAAUAUUCAUAUGCACGGGGUGUGGGGGUGCGGAAGGAGCCAGCUAGCUGCCUGCUGGGUAUCAUUGGAGCAUUCUUGUCACUGACUGCAGAGGCAGCCCGGUUGUUGGGAGAGGAAAGGGGCAGCCAGUCACAGCCCAAGGUGAGUGUGUCCCCUGUCUCCUGCAGGGAGAGCAGAGGAUCUAUGCAGUGCUAACACUCUCAGUCAGCUUUUCCAACCUGGGCAAGUUUCACAGCAUGUAGGUUGUAAUGGAUGAGUCCUGUUUCUCCUUUGGUCCUGCAGGGUCCUAGCUGACCUGGAGGAUGUUGGGUUUGGCUUGCUACCAGUUACCAGGAUGAUGUGGCUGGCUAACCCACGAAACUGGGGAUUAAUGAGGGAAAUGACAAGGGAGCCAUCUAUCCUAGUGCCCGCCUUGGUCACCAUCACGAGCAGGAGGAGGCACAGAACCUAUUUUUCUAGUCAUGUCUUUUACUUCCCCUGUGCUGUGUGACCUUGAGGACAUUGUUGCCUUCUCUGAGGUUUGGCCUCCCUGCUUCUCUGGAAACCUACUUCUCAAUGCCAUUCAUUUUCUAUCAGACCGUUUUAGGCUAGUGUGUGCACAAUGGGAUGGGGACAGUCUGGGACCCUGGCAGGGGCAUAGUAAUGAUCAAUCCAGCAAAUGUCUGCCCUGUGCAAGCCCUGUGCCUGUGUGUUCCGUCUACACAUCGAGAAUCCUAUGAUGACAGAACAUUGGCAUUAUUUUAGAGGCGAAAUUACAACCCACGGAAGGAAACAGCCUUGCUUAGGACAUAGAGCAAGCUGGAGUGUUUGCGUGUGUAUGUGUGUGUUGGCACUUAAAUUAUAUUUAAUUAGUUAUUGUGGGAAAGAGGUGAGAGAGUGGAAGUCAGAGGACAAAUUCUGGGACCUGGGGUUCAAAAUUAGGUUAUGUUUUGGUAGCCAGUACCUUUCAUUUACCAGCUGAGCUGUCUCACCUUCAUAUUUAGUUUCCCCAAACAGGGUCUCUCUCUCUCUCUCUCUCUCUCUCUCUCUCUCUCUCUCUCUCUCUCUCUCUCUCUCUCUCUCGCCUAAUCUGUCCUCAAACUCACCCUCCUCUUACCUCUGCAUUGGGAUUACAGGUGUGCACCACCAUACCUGGCUUCAGAGCUGGGCUUUUAAGACCAGAACCCAGGCUGGGAGCCGACUCUUUCUAGGUCUCUUGUGUGUUCUCUCACAUGCAUGUCUUUGUACAUGAAUUAUUCUCACCACCACAUGCAUAUUCUUGCGUAUGAGUGAUUAUCCUAUGUUUGGCUCACGCACGGUAGGGCUCGGGAAGUUUAUUUGUUUGUCUCCUUAAGACAAGAUCUUGAUCUGCGGCCCACUCUCUCUGACCUCUAAGACCUCAGCUUCCUGAGUGCUUGGGUCAUAGGCAUGCACCCUCACACCCAGUGAGGGAUAGCGAAUACAUGAUAGUCCUCGUCAUCUCUAUCACCAUCACCACCACCAUCAUCACAAUCAUCACCACCACCAUCAUCAUCACUAUCACCAUCAUCAUCAUCACCAUCAUCACCACCACCAUCAUCAUCACCAUCACCUCCACCAUCAUCAUCACCAUCACCAUCAUCACCACCACCAUCAUCAUCACCAUCACCAUCACCUCCACCACCAUCAUCACCAUCACCAUCAUCACCACCACCAUCACCAUCACCACCAUCAUCAUCAUCAUCAUCAUCAUCAUCAUCAUCAUCAUCAUCAUCACCAUCACCAUCCUCAGUGCUGAGGACAGAACCUAGGGGUUGCUGCACACAAAACGAACUUUACCACAGUUACAUGCUAAACCUUCUUGGGGCCUUUGACACGACCCUCACAGUACGACUGUCACCCAGGUGGUAGCUGUCUGGCUAAAGGUCGUAUCUACACUCUUCCCCAAGAUGCCCAGGCCAUGGGGUGUCAUUUACCAAACAUUCACCAAGUGCCAGGCUCAAGGAUCUCUGGGAUGAAUCACCUGCAGCUGGUCAAAAGUGUAUGUGGGGUGUACCUCUCCUGUGAGGCAGGACUGGGCCCCUGGUCAACAAUGAUGACAAUGGCUAAUUGUCACUGCUAUUAAUAAUUGAUACUCUGAUCACCUGUCAUUGGAACCACAGAGCUUUGAGGUUGAUCUCCCUCAAGCUAGGCUCCUGGGUACUAGUCAGUCCGGUUUCUAGCUUUAGUUUGCUCAGAGUGACUUCGUUACUUUGUGUCCUGCAUCUACUGGAGGAGACCCAAAUGCAACAGAGGAGGGGUUUCGUUACCAAAUUCGCAGAGGUCACACAGCAAGGGGGUGAGGAGCCUUGGAUACCUCAAGAAGCUGACCCAGACGAACCAGUCACCAAGGUCCCUUCUAUUUCUCAUCCCUUCAUAUUACCUGUCAGCUCUGCCCACUACGGUCAGACAGUUCUAUGUUCCUAGGACAGAGCCCAGACUAUGCCUUGACCUGUCACUCCUGCCCCUCCCUUCCCCCACUCCCCGGCUUCAGAUACCCUACACAUGAGCUGCUAUCUACAAAGUAAGGAGCUAUGUAUGGGAGAUCCACAAACACCGGCUCAAAAUCCUGCCCUGCCCUUAUUUGCUGAGUGACUCGGAGCAAACCAUGUCACCUAUUGGAGCCCCAUUCUCUGCAUCUACAAAACGGGGUGAUGGUUCGACACAGUUGCAUCCUCCGAGUGGAAUUACGUAGUUGCUGUGGGAAAAGCUCCUGUCCUAGGUCUGGCUUCUAACAGAGACUCAAGUAGCCCCGUGGGGGUCUCAGUACACACAGGGACCUAGUGAGGUUUCAAAAAACCCAAAUGGUAGAAUGAGCGAAUCCGUGAUGUUUCGCGGGUUGGGGAGCACGCUGUCCUGGGUGAGGUCAGGAAGCCCCUGAUUGGCAGUUUAGGAUGCUGGUCUGCCCCCUACUGCCAGUCCUCCACCGUAGACCACCAUCACUGAAGCUACUCGGAGUUCCGGAAAGUACUCUGUGGUUUCCUGAGAUGACUCUACUGCCGAAGAAGCCCUGCAAGUCCAAGGCCAAGGGGCUAGUGCUGGGGGCUCUCUUAACCAGUUUCCUAUUGCUGCUGUACUCCUAUGUGGUACCUCCACUGUAUCCCAACUUGGCCUUCACGACCUCAGAGGCUGCAGCGCCCUGCUCCCCUGUCCCCAAUGAGCCAGUGGCAGCCACUCCCGCCAACGGCUCUGCCGGAGGGUGCCAACCUCGGCGGGAUAUUGUGUUCAUGAAGACGCACAAGACCGCCAGCAGCACGCUGCUCAACAUCCUCUUCCGCUUCGGCCAGAAGCAUGAGCUCAAGUUCGCCUUCCCCAAUGGCCGCAACGACUUCCACUACCCAUCGUACUUCGCACGAAGCCUGGUGCAGGACUACCGGCCAGGGGCAUGCUUCAAUAUCAUCUGCAACCACAUGCGCUUCCACUACGAGGAGGUGCGCGGGCUGGUGCGGCCGGGUGCUACCUUCAUCACGGUCAUCCGCGACCCCGCUCGUCUCUUCGAGUCCUCCUUCCACUACUUUGGGUCCGUGGUGCCGCUCACUUGGAAGCUGUCGAGUCGCGACAAGCUGGCUGAGUUCCUGCAGGAUCCCGAUCGCUACUACGACCCAAGCAGCUACAACGCGCACUACCUCCGUAACCUGCUCUUCUUCGACCUGGGCUACGACAGCAGCCUGGAUCCGGGCAGCCCGCGCGUGCAGGAGCACAUCCUGGAGGUGGAGCGCCGCUUCCACCUGGUGCUGCUGCAGGAGUACUUCGACGAAUCCCUGGUGCUGCUCCGGGAGCUGCUGUGCUGGGACCUGGAGGACGUGCUGUACUUCAAGCUCAACGCGAGGCGCGACUCGCCGGAGCCGCGGCUCUCAGGCGAGCUGUACCGCCGAGCCACCGCCUGGAACCUGCUGGAUGUGCGUCUCUACCGCCACUUCAACGCCAGCUUCUGGCGAAAGGUGGAGGCCUUCGGGCGCGAGCGCAUGGCGAGCGAGGUAGCCAAGCUGCGCCGAGCUAACGAGCACAUGCGCAGCAUCUGCAUAGAUGGCGGCCAAGCGGUUGAUGCGGAGGCCAUCCAGGACUCCGCCAUGCAGCCCUGGCAGCCCCUGGGCAUCAAGUCCAUCCUGGGUUACAACCUCAAGAAGAGCAUCGGGCCACAACACGAGCAGCUCUGCCGGCGCAUGCUCACGCCCGAGAUCCAGUACCUGUCUGACCUUGGUGCCAAUCUCUGGAUCACCAAGCUCUGGAAGUUCUUUAGGGACUUUCUAAGAUGGUGAUGUACUCGGCCCACCUCCUGUUUGGCUUCCUACUGCAGAAAGGCCGGGCAGGGAAACUUUGGCACCUAGCCCUCCCCAGCCACGCCUAGUGCCAUCUGGGGUCCCUAGGGUCAUAGCUAUCCGAGACUGGUCUCUCUGCACGAGAGGGCCUAACUGAGAGGUAUUUAACUAAUUAUGGCAUUUUAAAAAAAUUUAAAUCCCCUUUAUCUCCAGCCUCUACUUACAAGGGGAGACUCAGAAGUAAAGAAAUUUUAUGCGUUUUUUUGUUAA